GAUGGAUUAGUGCGAGAGAGGCGUCGGUUGGUGGAGCUGCUGGGGUGGCGCGCUUGCAUUUCGAUUUUUACACCGUACGGGGGAAAAUUGAACAGUCGAGAAAAGCCCUUCUGGCCCUCCGAUCACGUCCGGCCCGCGCUCUCGCAUUUCCACACGCAAAACCACCCUACAUACAUACAUACACACUCAAUCACACGGCAACAUAUAUAUACAUACUUGCAUUCACUCAUACAGAUAUAUACAGAGGCCCGGGAAAUAAAAAAACACACAGAAUUCGAGCAUUUCCAUCAUCCAAAUACAUAUAAAGUUCAAAUGGUGCACGCGGCCUAUCGGUAACAUUUAAUGAUGGUGCGAGCCCUCGACCCUAACGAACUACACACAUUCAGGAUUGUACACAUAUGAUCAGCCGGUCCAAAUCAUGAAAAACAAACUGAAAUAUAUAGAUUGUGGAUAAAUUACUCGUCGAAAAGUGUUUUUGUUUUUCUUUUUAUUCCUUCUGUUCUUUUGUUUGUUCAAUCGUCAGAGCCGCCGACUCCUGCGGAAUACAUUUGUUUAAUAUAUAUCUGGAACAGUCAUGUCCUUUUAAGUGGCGCGGUUAAGGAAAGGGCCCGAAAGGGAGUCACGGCAGCAGAAGCGGCAGCAGCAGCGGAAAAAGAUGCCAGGUGGACGCAGGGGCUUAGUCGCCCCCCAGAACACCUUCCUGGAGAACAUCAUCAGAAGAUCAAAUUCCCAACCUGAUAGCAGUUUCUUGCUGGCCAACGCUCAGAUCGUCGAUUUCCCGAUAGUCUACUGCAAUGAAGCCUUCUGCAAGAUCUCCGGAUACAAUCGGGCGGAGGUUAUGCAGAAGUCUUGCAGAUGCGGCUUCAUGUUCGGUGAGCUGACCGACAAGGAGACCAUCAACAGGGUGGACCACGUGCUGGAGCAUCAGCUGCACGACCAGUUCGAGAUACUUCUAUACAAGAAAAACAAGAACAAAGGCACACCUGAAGAGACACCGCUAUGGCUCCUGCUGCAAAUAUCCCCGAUCAAAAACGAGCGCGAUCUCGUCGUGCUAUUCCUACUCACGUUCAGGGAUAUUACCGCUCUGAAGCAGCCCAUAGAAACAGACGAUACCAAAGGAGGCCUUUCAAAAUUUGCAAAGUUGGCGAGAUCUGUAACGAGAAGUCGUUCCGUCUUAGUGUCGCAGUUCUCAUCGCAUCUGCCAAAUUUAAAAGAUACAACGAAGCAAUCGCACUUGGCUCAGGUUUGUGUUUAUGUAUUAUACAAUUUUUUUUUAAUCACUUUCUAAAGUGACUCAGUGACUGUUAAUUAUAAAAUUAUUUCAACUACUUAAUGUAGAUAAGACACAUAACGCUCCAACCGCACUAAA